AUGGGAAUUCAAAGACUAGAAUGCGAAUAUGACCAAUCGUACUCGGAUAGGUUUACAACACACGGAGAAUCGUACAAGAGCCAAUACUACGUUCGCAGUAUGUCGAAACUUGAAUGUAUGAAAAGAAUACUAAUGAAAACGAUAAAAAAUAAAUGGAAGAACCUAAAAAUAGAUGAUUCUGAUCCAGGAUCAUACAAACUGGUGAAAUCAAUAAACUAUGUUAAGGGCAAAUGUGUAAUCAUUGGAACAGUGUUUAAGCAUAUGAAGUACCAGCCAUCACCCUUGGAAGAAUACACACAAAAGUUUAAUUUAAUGGUAAAAAAGGAAAAGAGAAAUGAAUACACCGACGAUGAAGACUUUUUGUUUUUGGAAGACCAUACGCAGAGGCUGAUGUUAAUUGGAGAUUGCUUGAAUCCACACGAAUUUGUUUCAGGGCUGGUUAUCGCUGUAAGGGGAUAUAUGAAUGAACAGAUGAAGUUUGUAACGGAAGACUACACACUUCCCGAGGUUCCAGAUGAACUCAGUUUACAGGUGAAUGAUGAGGAAAAGUUCAUCGCAUUCACAAGUGGGCUAGAGUUGAGUGGCAGUGGGAUAAAUCACAACAGCCUAAUGCUAUUGCAAAAUUUCAUCCUCGGGGAUAGUGAAAAUGAGUUCAAUAAGAAGCUGGUAAGACUGGUGGUGGCUGGGAAUGGAAUUGGAGAAUGCAACGCGGAAUCGCUUAAAAACUCGGAUAUUUUCUAUGCUCAAUUGGCAUCGUCGAUAAACGUGGAUCUAAUGCCAGGUAACAGCGAAUUGGAUCCUACGAAUGGAAACCUGCCUCAACAGGUGAUAAACCCAGUGCUGAUGGAACACAGUAAAAGAUAUGGAACAUUUAGAUCAACGACAAACCCGUACUUCUUCUCUGUUGACGGAGUGAGGUUUCUGGGAGUAUCGGGACAGUCAGUGGCCAACAUAUGCAAAUUCAGCCGUUUGUCGGAGAUAGAGGCACUAAGGUUGGUGGCGAGGUCGAGGUGUAUAGCGCCCACAGGCACCGACAGCCUCCCAUGUCACUCUGAGCUGGACGUGUUCAACUUGACUGAGGAUUCCGAGUACCCUCACGUGUUUUUCAGCGGAAAUUGCAAAGAAUUCGCAGCAGGAGAGGUGGAAAAUGGGAACGGGACGAAGUUGCCGAGGUUGGUCUGCGUUCCCUCUUUCAAAAAUGAUCCCACUUUGGUACUGGUAUCCCUAUCCACCCUAAACGUGAUCACCAUAAAAUUGUCUUAA